GCAAACCGUACGCGAAUCGGGUGUCGUCAGCGAAGGAUCAUGCUGACCUGGGUGUUGUCAAGUCAGCCUGGCGGAUGAGAACGUGCGCGCUUUCAAGCGAAGUUAACGAUAUCGCCACCUAUUGAGUGACGCUGGUCGAGAAACCCCAAAGUUGACGAAUAAGAACAAAUGCGAUGCAUUCGUCUAUGUUAUCGAUAUUGAUCUACUGCCGUGCGUUAUUGACGUCCACGUAGCCUGUCAGUGUCGAUUAGGUGCGCAGCUAUGAUCGUGUCUAGACGCCGCGGGGCCCAUGUCGAAAAACCGAAUGAAACGGAGGUACAGCUACCCCGCCAUGAGAGAGACGUUUUCAUUAUCGUGUCGCAGAAGUUUGGGUUUUUUAAAGUAUCGCCAAAGAAACGCACUUCAUCAGGCAUGAGCAGAACCUACGAGCAGCAGAAAUCGAUACAGAAGACGUUCUGGGACCUCUCGAAGGUAGAAUCAACCGAUGGGUUAUCACUGGACCUUACGGAAGUUCAGAUUACCUCUCAAGAUCAACGCGAGAUCGAUUCGGCAACUAGGCGAGAGGUGCGCAGAACCAGCUUGGAGAAGUUCAAAGAUAGUGAAUCGUUCUCGCUCAGCGAGGACGUCAACUAUAGGACAGGUUCACGAAUACUGCAGUCUGGCAUGUUUUCCAUUGAUAUGGAGGAGACAACGCCGCUGUAUCCGAGACUCAAGCCAUCAAUCUCAAUCGAAAAUUCAGCCGAUCAUUCGCUCAUCAAAAUGGAUGCCAUGAGUCCAGUUCCAGAAGGUCGGGAGUCUAGUGCUCAUGGAGCGCCCACCCCAAACGAGAGAAAUACGAAUAACACCAUCGCACCUGUUAGAAAACAAGACGUUACACCAGCGAUGCGGGACAUCGAAAAAUCAAGUGGAUCACGAGAAAAAUCUAAAAAAGGAAAAGAAACCGCACCUCCAAAAAUUACAAACAUCAGCCUUUCACUAGGUGACGAGACAGCUUUACACAAGAACUCAAAAGCAAUCUUAGUGAAAGCCAACCAAUCCACUAAGAAGCGAGCAGAUUGGAAGGCAGAUAAUAAUAAAAAAGCCUUUGUCAAAAAGUGACUAUUUUUGACACAAUCUGAGAAAAUUCAGAAUUUUCAGCCGACAUUUCAGAGCCUAUCAUUCUGAAGCCGACAUAGGUUCAUUGCAUUCAAUAAUUUCGUUUAUAGACAUUUUAAAGGACUUGGUUCGGUCAUGUCGCCCGGAUGAAAGAAGGUGCCAUAACGAAAACGGCACUUAUAUAUAUAGAUGGACGCCAGACGGGAGGAGAACCAAUGAGACCUGGAGAAGGAGAUGCGGAUGUGUGACCUGUCAUGGGACACGCCGAGGCUAGUAGCAGCCGCGGACCGACGACGUUAGAGAUUUCUUGUCACUGCCUUCUGUGCCAUCUAGGCACCUACGAGGGAUAACAUAACAUCGUUUCCAUUCUACCAUUCCCAUGUGAUGGUUAUAUAUUUUUACUAGUGCGUAUAUCACUGAUAUCACUGCUAUUUCCCUAGUUACUGGUGUACUCGAAACAAUCCAGUAGCUAAUUUAUUAUCACAUCUCUAACUAUACAGCGAAACAUAGCUACAAAAUGUAUCAAAACUGUAUCAAAGCCAUAGAAGAUAGAUGAAUUCAUCCUAUAUACGGCCGUACUGUAAUUGGCAUUAAAUGUCGCGUGCUAAAUUCCCGGGGGGGUCACUAUAUAUGCCGUUAUUACCCCAUGUGCGUUCCAAAUUUUGCGAGUUAGGGGGGUGUUUUUCAACUUCUAAAGCGGGCCCGCGCGGGAGCAAAUAGGCCCCCCUUUACAAAGCUAAUCCCGCAAAAAGCCCUUGGGAUCGCUCAAGUCAAGCACCGCGCCCGCAGUAGGCCCCCCUCAUGACGAACCACAUAGUACCCCGCCCUAGGCCCCGAACGGGCGGCCCCGUAGCACACGAGAGUUGCAAGUAGUCUUCUUUGAGUUGAUCACAAGUAUUCCCUCCACUCUUUGCCCUCCAUUUGUCUGCAAGACCUCGCAAUAGGAGGUAGGCCCCCGGGUAGGACUC